CCUUGUUCCUUUAAACCGGUGUUCUGCGAGGGAAGUAAACAGUGCCUAUGUAUGUAGCGUAGGGCAUUGAUUUGCUAACGUUAAUUGUAAAACGUGUUCUUAAUGUCUUUUUAAACUAACGUUAGUCUUUAUCACGUCCCAGUGUUUGGUCACUAUGUGGAUUAUAGCCGUGUUUUUAAUGUGCGCUUCAGUGUGGGGGAACGAGCCGCCGCCUGCCCUCCCGGACUUCGGGCGCCUCUAUCACGCUAAAGGUGUGAUUUCGCUACCCUACGCUGAGAUCACUGAGCCAUUUGAAGGCUGGUAUGAUCUGCAGGGGAGCAGAAGUCGCAUUGACUAUUACCAUGGCCAGGUUUCCACUUACCAGCUGGGCUCCGAGAAGCCCUGGGGCUCCAACUAUAAGAUCACGCCGGCGACGACUGAGACUGAAAUCAACGUCAUGAAGUGUUUCCAGCUCAAUGGUACUAAGGAGGAGCACAUUCUGCCACAGGGGGCAGUGCCCAGUGUGGAUGGCUUUCAGUAUCUGCAUAAGGAGUACUUUAAUGGCAAGCUGUGUGAGGUGUGGCAGAACGUGACUAUGGAAGGCUAUAAGAAGAACACCUACACCUUGUGGGUAGUACGCCCCUAUGCCACGGAUUCGCCGCCCGUGCCCUGGCACUACGAGAUGAUGGGCUACAACACCCUGCUGGGCUCCCACUACGACAAGUACCUGGUGGAUUACGUGGAGUUCAGCCACAGUGUUGACUCUCAUGCCUUCUCCCUGCCCGAAGGCCUGACCUGUGGCUCUUUUCCUGGCCCUGGAGUGGAGCAUCACCUCCUGGCCAACCCCAUCCAGGACCUCCUCCAUACCAAACCCCGGGGACAUGCUCACCGGCUCUUCGUGCACUUCAAGGGAAAGUUCCAGCACCAGUAUGGAGACGAGUGGGAGCACGAGCGGCGGGAGAGUUCGUUUGUGCACAAUGUCCGUUUCGUCCACUCCAUGAAUCGCGCUGGGUUGUCCUAUCGCCUGACCCUGAACCACCUGGCGGACCAAUCCCAGGCAGAGCUGGCCAUCCUGAGAGGCCGCAGAGGCGGCCAGACGCCCAACAGGGGGCUCCCUUUCCCACAGCAGCUGUAUGCCAAUGUGCAGGUUCCUGAUACUUUGGACUGGAGGCUGUACGGAGCGGUCACCCCUGUGAAGGACCAGGCUAUCUGUGGCUCCUGCUGGAGCUUUGCCUCCACUGGUGCAGUAGAGGGCGCUCUCUUUGUGAAGGCUGGCACACUGGUGAGACUCUCGCAGCAGAUGCUGGUCGACUGCACCUGGGGCUUCGGCAACAAUGGCUGUGACGGUGGUGAAGAGUGGCGGGCCUUCGAGUGGAUGAUGAAACACGGUGGCAUUGCCACAGCCGAGAGCUACGGCGCGUACAUGGGCAUGAAUGGAAUGUGUCACUACAAUGAGUCUGAGAUGACCGCACGCGUGCAAGGAUAUGUCAACGUGACGUCCGGUGAUGCCGACGCCCUCAAGGUGGCGCUGUUCAAGCAGGGACCGGUGGCGGUCAGCAUCGACGCUAGUCACCGCUCCUUCGUCUUCUAUAGCCACGGGGUUUACUACGAGCCUGCUUGUGGAAACAAGACUGAAGACUUGGACCAUGCAGUGCUUGCGGUUGGCUAUGGUGUCUUGAAUGGCGACCCCUACUGGCUGGUGAAGAACUCAUGGUCAACAUACUGGGGCAACGAUGGCUAUAUACUCAUGUCCAUGAAGGACAACAACUGUGGCGUCACCACUGAUGCCACCUAUGUCAUUUUAGCCUGAGCUACGCUGCCUCCUGGUGGUAGCUUGACAGACAACUCGAUUUAUAGCAGUGAAUGUCUUUUGGGAGUUUUAUUGAACAUUUGCAGAUUUGAUUGCUCCUCCCACCCAUGUGCAGCUUUCGGAUGGUUUCCUUUGAUCAACUGCUGGGUAAUAUAGCAAUGUGUGUGGCUCCAGCAGUGGGGGUGAAAUCCGAGAUCGUUGGCUGGGAUCUUUACAGAUGUUAUGCUCUCACAUGGUGCCUCGAUCCGGUGCAAUAGCCUUUUUUUGAAAAAGAGAAUUGUCUUAUGUUCAGCUGUGAUAAAUCAAUAAAGAUUUUGGAAGAAAAUA